CCCUGCUGCCCUCUCAUCCUCUGUCUAUCUUAGAGGGCAGGGAGUGUGACACAGGCUGAGUGGCAGCACCCUGAGUGCCACAGCUUGUUCCCAAGUAUCUGAUGUCUCACUGGUCCCAUGGCAGCUCCUCCGAGAGACGAGCAGAAUAGUUCUUUGGGGAUAAGAGACAUCGUAGCCAAAGUCUCUCGCACACCGGAACCUGAGUGAUGAAUGCACAUUUGUUAUCUGCAGAGGGGCAAGAUGACGAAACACCAAAUCAAAGGCGCUCAUCUCGGUCACAGCUGGCUCAGCAUUACACGUUCGGUCCACGAAGCAGAAAUGAGAGGGAAUGCAGCAAAGGGUCCUGAACUGGUUGAGCCACAGGCUGCUGACUCAGGGAGGGCAGGGGCAGGAAAGCCCGGCCUCGGCAUCAGGGAGUGCCACCUCUGUCCAUUGGCCCAGCAUUUAAUGAGCCAUUUUCCAGCCUGGAUAAAAGCUGGGCCUCUAUGGGAAUCUCCAAAACACAGCUCUGACCACCAUCUCCUUGAGAACAGGGUAAGUCCAAGAGCACUUCUCCUGCCCAAACCUGGGCCUUCUUCAGGCCCCUGUGCCUGGGGCACAGCCACACACUGCUGUGUGACACUAUCUGCACUCUUGCAGAGCUCCAUCCCAUCUCACCAAGAUGUCUUGCUACGACCUGUGCCCACCAAAAACCAGCGUUGCCGUGCCCCAGCCCAUCGCUGAGAGCUGCAACGAGCUGUGCGCGCGCCAGUGCCCUGACUCAACGGCCUUCAUCCAGCCACCGCCCGUCGUCGUCACCUUCCCCGGCCCCAUCCUCAGCUCCUUCCCCCAGCAAGCCGUGGUGGGCUCCUCCGGAGCACCCGCCUUUGGGGGCUCCCUGGGGCUGGGGGGCCUCUACGGCGCCGGGGCCACUCAGGGCUCGGGGGGCCUCUGCACCUUUGGCAGACCCUACGCUUCUCCUGCCUGCAGCCCCUGCCCCUUGCCCCGCUACAGCAGGAAGCUCUGGGACACCUGUGGGCCCUGCUAAACCCAGCCGCAAGACUCCUCUCCUCUUCCUUCCUCAUUCUCCGUGCUGAUCUGUGAUGCCCACUUUGUCUUUUAUGGCCCUGAACUGGGCCCUGUGCUGGCCACUGCCUUGAAGAUGUCUCAAGAAACACUGCUCCUGAAGGCCCAGGCACC